AUGAGGAUAAACGAGAACACCACGAGAUCCCAAUUCCUCGCGUACUUCAGCUUCUCGUCCAAGACAAGCGUGUCCGUCGGCUGGCCAGUAAAAGGCGGAGAUCCGGUGAACAACACUGAGUGCGACUGGGUUUACGAGGACACCGAGUGCCACAACGGAUGCGUGUUAGCCAGCCCCGGAUAUCCUGGCCUAUAUCCUCCGAACAUCCGGUGUCGCUACUUAAUUACUGCCGGUCCACGGAUGUCCAUCGCGAUUAACUUCACCGCCGUGCUCCUCCCUAUCAAUCACUGCACGGACGACUUCAUCGCCGUGUACUCCGGUCCAGCGAUGUCGAGUCCUCUCCUGAAGAUGCUGUGCGGCAAGGACAAAACGACACUGACGUACAGCGGCCAGAAAAUGUUGGUCGAGUUCAGAUCGGGACCGGAAGUGCCGCCCUUCGACUACAACGGCUUCGUCGCGAGCCUUAAUUUCAUAGAAAUCACCACAGAGGCUCCCACAACGGUUACCAUGGACAGCGCAAAUAGAAGUGUGGACACGACCAAGUCGAUCAACGGGGCCGGGUACAACGUGCGCUCCAGCAAUCGGGAUCUUCAGGACCAUCGAAAAGAUCAGGGCUCGUCCAGCGGCUGCGACCUGGAGGUGAACGGCGAGAAAGUCAGAGCUGGCCACCACGAUACCAGAGGCAAGCUCAAGUCCACCACGUGCCGACUCGUGCUUCGUGGACGUGAUUAUGACACUGGACACGUCUCGUUGGCCAGUUACAAUCUCAGCGCCCAGGACUGCCAAUCGUCGAUCGAAAUAUUCGACGGCCAGCCGGAAGGAGGGAUGCUUGGCAGCGCGAAAUCCCUAGAGAGAAUCUGCAGUCCUGCGCAGAGGCUUCCGCCGGAAUUCGUGCAACAAGAUACGUACACCGAGCCGAAAAGGUACUCGUCUAAUGGCAGAGAUAUGACGGUCGUGCUGAAACGAGCCUCGAACAGCCCUACCGACGAGGAAUACAUGGACGUCUCUUAUUACUUCCACGAUGAACGCGAGGGUGGCACUCAACAGCCGGCCAGCGUAUGCGACGUCGAAUAUUACGGACUGACGUCACUGGUGAAGGGUUUCGUGGUGCAUCCUGAGCCCCACCGAUUAUUCGCCAUGGAGGGGCCGAUAAAAUGCAGGCAGCACUUCAUUCCAGCGGCUAAUCAGUCGGUCAUCAUCCGGGUGGAGAGCAGCUCGAAGCAGAGUCCGAACAACCCUUGCGAAACGAAGUGCGGGGACAGCGGGUGCCACUGCGUCAGCAACAAGUCUCUGGAGAACAUGGACCACCUUCUGCUCGUCUCUGAAACCGGUCACAUCGUCACUUGCCUCUGCGGGAAUUAUCAGGACUGGCUGCCGGUCGGUAUCCGUAGCUGGACGCCCGUGUACCUCGAAUGGUCGAAGUCCUCGAAGGCAGGCCUCAAUUUCCGUGCGGCUUACGAGUUUAUCAAGGACACUUACUGCGGUUAUCACACAACGACCAAGCCGGAAGGCGAGGUCAAUGGCGGUGACCUGGCUAGCAGCGGCUUAAAGCUCAAUCAGUAUUAUCAGCAGAAGUGCACAUGGAUUUUAGACUCCUUGACGGAUCGACAGCUCACUAUCGAAGUGAAGUCUACACAGAGCCGACCUUGCACUGCCUGGAAUCUUACGAUACACGAGUAUAGCAAGAACGGAGAUCCAGCCGGGCCAAGAUUGCACACAUUCUGCUCGAGAGAUACGCACAAAAAUUUUACUCUUCCAUGGAAGACGAACACUGUGGUGGUUAGAUUGCAGGCUCUGGGAAGAACCGCACCGGAAUACACGAUGAAAUGGCGAAGCCUGUCGGUAAUAGCAAAUACGCAUAAGAGCGGACCAUCGCCAGCACCGAAUCACGUGUUCGACUCCUCAACCGGAAAUGGACCACGGGAAGCACGAAUCCUAAUACUAUUCGCGAUGCUCCUCGCUUACGCGGCCGGUUGUUGAGUACUCCAACUCGACACACCGUGUCC